CGCUUACUCUAGUAUCAGAAACGAUGAGAUCAGAAAGAACAAUACCUCAGACGGCUGCCCUGCGUGACCCCGGCGACCCCCGUGCAGGGCCCGAGACAAAUCGAUCGAUUAAACGACGGAAGUAAAACGCCAACAAAAGGCCAUCGUAAGUUUGCCCUUCGAACGCCCAUUCCUUGCAUUCUUUCGUUUUUUCUUGUACAGAAGAGCUCGUCGACUUUUCUACGCUCCCGACUGCAUCGCAGAAAAGCGGCGUGUAGAUUGGGGUGUCCUUGCGCCGCGUCACGACCCACGACGCAUGUUGCCAGACAGAGCUUAGUGCCCUGUCGCGGGAAUAUUCCAGGCGAACUAGUGAUUCACGUUACGUACGAGCAGGUCCCCGCCCCGAAGGACUGUAACCUCGUGGCGCAGGAAAUUCUCAGACUGCCGGGAGAACGCAUGUCUCGUCUGAACAAAGGGUCUGCUGUCUUGGGCCGGAUUGCCUUGAGUGCCCUCGUUCUCUGCGUAUGGCUCUAUGUUUCCUCCGCAAAUCGGGGUGCCCGAAUUAUAUUGCAAGCCGAGUGUUCUGGACACUGUCGCACGUCAACAUCGGUCGACACGUCCCGUGAGACGUCGCUUGGCCAUCUGGCUUGUUCGGUAAACGGCCCCGUCCGUUCCUUCCAAGGUUGACAACAAAUUUAAAAUAUGACAGCACUCAGAGUCCCUGAGUCGCAGUCCAGAUGACUUACAUAUCCAUACUACCGGAGAGCUCUUGGUGGGCUGCUGA